AUGUCCAAGUACGGCUGCCCAACCUCCGACACCGAUCCGAACUCGGUGACCGUUAUCACCAAGCGCGGACCGGUCAACAAGACGCUCAAGUCGACUGCGCAGCUGAAUGCUGCUCAGCGUGCUGGAAUCGAGAUUUCGACGGAGAAGAAGAAUAUGUCCGGCGGAAACCGUCAGCACACGUCCAACAAGAACACUCUCCGGUAAGAGAUUCCGAUUGGUUUCCCACUUGGAAAACUUGUGUGUCUUUUCAGGCUUGACGAAGAGACCGAGGAGCUGCAUCACGAGAAAGUCACCCUGUCCCUUGGUAAGGUGAUGCAGCAAGCGAGAGGAACCAAGGGAUGGACUCAGAAGGACCUCUCCACGGUAUGAGAGCGCUUUUCAAGCUUGUCGUCUUACCAAUUGGACGUUUUAUUUCAGGCAAUCAACGAGAAGCCGCAAGUAGUUUCUGAGUACGAAAGCGGCAAAGCGGUGCCGAACCAGCAGAUCCUGGCUAAGAUGGAACGAGCGCUGGGUGUCAAAUUGCGCGGAAAGGACAUCGGAAAGCCGAUCGGAGCGAAGCCGGCAGCUGCCGUCAAGAAGUGA